AUGGAUGAUGCAGAUUCAAUCGAUUUAUCCGACAACGAUGAAUUUAUGCUUGAUGUUGAAAUAACAGCAGCUAAUGUUCAAGAAGCUAUUAACAUGGCAUUAGCUGAAGAUGAUAAUAGUAAUAGUAGUUUAACAACAAAUAUUGAUUUACCACCCAUAUCAGACGAAUUAAUAAAUUUCGAUGGAAAUAAAUUUGGCGAAGAACUACUUCAUAAAACUGAAUAUGAUAGUAUGGAGAAAAUCCUAUAUCAACAUUGGAGAACCUUUGUACCUCAAUGUUUUAUAUUUCAUACAAAUUUAAUCAAAGGAAUUGUUGAACAACGUGCAGACGAAAUUCUAUUUCGACCAUUUGAUAUAUAUUUAUAUGGAACAUUAAAUACCGAUGAAGCUAUACAAGUCAUACGUUCAUAUAAUAAAAAAUCUACUGUAUGCGGACAUUUAUUCAAAUCAGAGGAGCCAACAUAUUUUUGUCGAGACUGUUGCGUUGAUCCUACAUGCGUUUUAUGUACCGAUUGUUUCCUUCAAAGUGAACAUCGAAAACAUCGUUAUAAAAUGAAUGUAUCCGCCGGUGGUGGUUAUUGUGAUUGUGGAGAUAGUGAAGCAUGGAAACAGAAUGUUCAUUGUAAUUUACAUUUACCACAUGAUGAUAAUAAUGAUUCAGCUGAUGAUGUACUUAAUCGUUUGCCAUCUGAUUUGCGUUUACGUGCUAAACACCUAUUUACUAUUUUACUUCGUUUUAUAAUUAAAUUACUUUCUACAGGAAAUCCACAAGAUGUACCGAAUGAAUUAAAAAAUGAAUAUUGGGAUGGUGAUCAUAAACGAUAUGUAACUAUUUUAUUCAAUGAUGAAAUUCAUACAUACGAUCAAGUAAUAAAUGUCCUUAGCCGUGCAAUACAAUGUUCGAAACCGGAAGGUCACGAGUUAGCUUCAUUAGUUGAUCGUGAAGGUCGUACUGCAAUACGUAUUGGCACGAUGGAUCAAUGUCGAGAUGUUCAACAAAUCAUACAAAUGCGCACAGCCGAUCUACCACUGAAAUGUGAAAUAUAUCCGAGUGCAUUUAUAUCAUUACAAUAUUUUGCACAAAAACUUUUAAGCUAUUUACAAACUAUAAUUGAAAUAUCAGAUGGAUUUCGAAGAAUAUUUUGUGAAUGUGAAGUUCAAAGUGAUACUCAACAAGAUUUAACAUUAACAGAGAAAGCGCUAUUAAGUGAAAAAAUGCUUUGGAAAAGUGCACGCGCAGCUUUACAUCAGAUUUUUAUUAACAGUUUUUUUAUGGAUUCAGAAUGGAAGAAAACAUUUGCAAUUUUAUAUAUGAAAAAUUAUUCUACUGUUUGGCGAAAUUUUGUCAAAGAUCCUGAUGAAUAUGUUUCAUUUACUGAUCUUUCUGUUCAAAUCUACACUGUACCUACACUGUGUUAUCCGAUGAUCACAGGAUAUUAUCGAAAUGAUCCAUCAUCGCUCUAUCGUGCUGAUUGUUUCCUAAGCUUGUCCGUACAAUUAUUUACUACUCAAAGUCUUGCAAGAUAUCUUAUAUCAUCGCAUAAUGCAUUUCAAACGAUAGUAGACUCAUUUCUUGAAUAUUGCCAAUUGAAACUAGAUCAUGGAAAGCUUUUAUUUUCACGAACAAUAAAUGCAUCUAUGCAACAUGAAUUUCGACGUGCGCAAUCAAUUCUCUACGAUUUAAAAUAUCUAUUGGGCGUUGUACCUCAAGAAUAUUCAAUUGAACUUCGAGAAAAUUUUCUAAAUGGUUUUCGAGCAUUUCUUCAAUUAUUAAGUUAUAUGCAUGGUAUGGAUAAAGUUACACGUCAAGUCGGUCAACAUUUAGAAUUCGAUCCCGAAUGGGAAACAGCAUUUAAUUUAGUUAUAAAAAUUCAAUCAAUUGUUUCAUCGGUACUGGAUUGGUGUUCAAAUGAUAAAGAAUUAUUACUUCGUGUCUAUGAAGCUACGGGUUCAACAUUAGUAGAAAUACAAAAAACAAGUGAUAUAUCACAUUUAAUUAAAGAUAAAACUAGUUCACCAAUGGUAAAAACAACUGUACACGAUCUCAAAGUUGAUUGUUAUGCGUAUGAUGUGGCGAAAGAUCCAGUAACAGUACAUAUUCCUGUUAUGAGAUUAUUCGUUGCUCUUCAUAUUCAUCUUCAUAAAUAUACUGAUACAUUAACAACAUUUAAUAGUCUGUGUGAAAAACUCCAAAUGUACCCAUGUUUUGUAUAUGAAGAAGCAUUACGUAUUCAAGUUCUUUGCGCUCAACAUGUUGCCGGCUUGUGGAAACGAAAUGGUUACUCAUUGUCGAAUCAAAUCUAUUAUUAUUCAAAUGUUAAAUGUCGAAAAGAAAUGUAUGAUCGUGAUAUUCUUGCCUUACAAGUUGGCGCUUCAUUAAUAUCGGCCGAUACAUAUUUAGUUCAACUUUUGCAUAAAUUUAAUUUACUAGAAUGGAUUAGAUCUCCUGAAAAUGGUCAUACAUCCGAAACAGAAUCGAGAGUAAAAGAAAAAGUUCGUAUCAUGGAAGAAUUUCUUCAUUUAUUGAUCAUUAUUAUUGGUGAACGACACGAACCAUUUAUUGGAAAAGUCACACGUGAAGAGAAAUUAACACGUGAAAUCAUACAUCAGUUAUGUAUAUCACCAAUGGCACAUUCAGAAUUAAUACGAGGUUUACAAGAUUGCGGACAAAUAGAAUUAGGAUCAGGAGAAUUUGAAGCUGCUCUAAAAGAAGUUGCAGAUUUUAAGAGAGGUAAUGCAGCAAAAGGAAAUUAUGAAGUAAAAGCAAAUCGACUGUCGGAAUACAAUCAAUUUUACUACCAUUAUACAAAAGCUGAUCAAUGCAAAUCUGAAGAAUACGUCAUCAAACGUCGAAAACAAACCGAUGAUGGUAUCUCAACAACAUUAUUCAUCCCUAGUCCACCAUUAUUCACCGAAUCAUUUCAACCGAUAAUACAUAUUCUUGAUAGUAACAUAUUUUUAACAUUACUUAAAGCUUGUGUUUAUCGCUCAACAGAUCAAAAGGCUCAAUUAUGGUCUGAAGCUAUUCUUAAUCGAGCCUUGCAUUUAAUGACUUUAGCUUGUUAUGAACAAGAGCGUACACCGAACUUCGAAUUUUAUUCUAAAUGUCAAAAAUUUGAACUUGAUAAAUUAAUAAAUCAAUUGCAUUUAAAUACACCAUCAAAAGCAGAAACAUGCAAAGAAUUGCUUGCAUAUGUUAUUAAACUCUACAGUAGAUUUAGUGAAACAAAUGAACAAUUAAAUUCUUCUACAUCAGUUAAUUUUAAUCAAGAAACAUCAGACAUAACGAAACGUCAACAACGCAAACGAAAAGAUUUAGCUGCGCAAAAGCGUGCUAAAAUUAUAGCACAGAUGACUGAAUUACAGAAGAAUUUUAUUGAAAAAAAUAUUCAACUAUGUUCAGAGAGUAUCGAUGAUCAAGCAUUAGAGUCAACAUCACCAGGAACAUAUUCACAAUUAUCAUCAAUGAUCAGUUCAUCUGAUCAACAGAUACUUCCGAUUUCACCAACUAUGCCGUUAAAAUUUGAACCGAUGAGUAUUGAUGAUACAUACCCAAAUAUACAAUCAUGUUUUGGUACAAAUGAUCUUGAAUUUUCUCAAUCAGCAAAACAAAUAUUAACAUGUAUAUUUUGUCAAGAAAAUAGUGAAGUUAAAAUUAAUUCAGAAGCCAUAGUUCUUUCAGCUUAUGUACAAAAUUCGAGAGUUUUAUCAAAGACUCGUUCACGUCGUAUCGAAAAUUGGGAUACAUUUGAUCCAACGUUUAUGUCAAAUGAUCUUCAUUGGGGUGUACAUGUUUCGUCGUGUGGUCAUGCUAUACAUGCUUCAUGUUGGACUAAGUAUUAUAAUUCUAUCACAUCUCAGGAUCAUCGUCGAACAUUACGUAUGCGUGGCUCAGCAAAUUAUGAUACUGAACGAAAUGAAUUUUUAUGUCCAUUAUGUCAAACAUUGAGUAAUACAAUCAUACCGAUUUUGCCAUCGUUACGUACAUUUGCUCAUGACAGAAAACUGGCUCAAAUGUCGUUUAGCGAAUGGAUAGACGGCUUAGAGAAAGCUCUCAAUGGUAGUAUUGAAUCUCGAUAUGAAAUAGAUACACAUGAGCAACAAAUCUUUUUUAACCCGUGUCCAUUAACUACAAUAACUAAAAUGAUGGCUGAACGCGCUGCACAAAAUUUUCAAUUAUUAUUUGGUUUUGCUGGAGAUUCACGUGUACAAGAUUUUUCUGAUAGUAUUCGUGAACGUUUAAUGAGUUUUGCUAAAAAUGUCUAUAUGUUUGGUUUAAAUGUUGAUCCAGAUGAAGAUAAUGAUCGUAUUCCGACUGUUCUUUGGACGUCGUGUGCCUAUACAAUACAAUCAAUAGAACAAUUACUUCGUAUUGAUUCAAAAUCAAUAUUUUCACAACUGUCACUUCGGCAAAGUGAAUUAGUUACUUGUUUGAUCAAAGUUGCUGCUGUUUACGGUUCAUUACAUGAUAGCGAUAAAAUCAAAAAACAUUGUCUAACGUUAUUAUCUGUUCUUCUUUUAUCAAGAACAAAUAUUCAAAUACCAUCAUUAAUUGAUAUUGAUCUAUUUCAUCUUCUUGUUUCACUUUGUUUUACUUUACCAAUUUUAUUCGCAUCAAAAGAAACGUCACCGUCGUUAACAAAUGUACCGCCAGGAAAUCUCAAUGAUCUCUAUCUUGUACGACUUAUUGUUAUGGCACAUUGCAUACAAAUUCUUUCCAGUCAAGGAUUUUUAUAUGAAACAAAAAUUAAUGAUAAUCAACAAGCAAAAAUGGAAAAAACUAUCAAUGAUGAUGAUGAAUUGAAAACGUUACAAAAAUUAGUUGAGAAAAUUAUAAAAAAUCAAACGUCUCCAUCGUCUUUAGCUCUAUUAUUACCAAUUGAAGAAAUUCGAGAUAAAUUAAAACUAUCGUUAUUUCCACUACUUCGAUGCACUGCUCUUUUCUAUCAUCAUUUAACUGGAACAUCAUGGCCAUCCGAAUCAGGACUUGAUGAGUAUUCAACCAUAUGUCACUAUCUUGCCUUACCUAUAUGCCUAUCAAAAUUACUUGAUGCAGAAAAUGAACGUUUCUCAAAUGAUCUCAUUAAUAGUUGGAUAUCGAAUUUAUCUACAAGUAAAUCACCGGUUAAAUAUCCAAUAUUAGUCAAUGAAUUGCAUUCAUUACCCAGAGAAUAUAUUGAUCUUAUGAAUCAAGUAUCACAAGGUGUUGCACCUUAUAAAUAUGCACGUGAUGAAGCUCGAUCACCAUGUAUAUGUUUAACAUGUGGUGAUGUUGUUGUUCGUUCAUCAUCAUCGUCAACAGCAACAGUACCACAUCUAAUGACAACAAAUAAUUUAAUAUCAACAUUACUUAAUAUGGAUCAAACAAUGGGUCCGUGUAAUACGCAUACUCAACAUUGUUGCGGCUCCAUAGGACUUUAUUUACGUGUUAAAGAAUGUUCAUUACUUUUACUCAGUAUAAUUAACGAUGGACGUAUUAAUAAAACACGUGGAACAUUCAUGGCUGCCCCUUAUCUAGAUGACUACGGGGAAACAGAUCAAAAUCUGCGACGCGGAAAUCCUUUACAUUUAUGUGAUGAACGCUACCGUACAUUGCACCGACGAUGGUUAUCACAUGCUAUUCCCGAAGAGAUAUCACGAAAUAUGGAAUUUAAUAACACAUCGAUUUACACACAUAAUUGGAGUCAAUUUUAA